AUUUGAUUUGCCAUCGAAAAUAAAUUAACUUGUCAAGGUUGCGAUUGGAAACUUUGUUUCCGAAAUCAACCCUAUUAAAUUAUUGAUGAGUGAAAGUUUUUUGUUCUAAUCUAAUUAACAAUGGAAAUAAAUUCUAUUCAUUAUGGUUUGUUAAUCAUAUCAUCAGAUGGCGUCAAUGGUAAUUGAUUGUGAUUGUUGAUUUCAAUUGUUUGGAGUCUGUGUUGAUCAAACAAAUUGUUUGCCUCAUCAUUUGCUCAUUAAUAUAUCAUCAUGAUUCCCAAUAACAAUGUGUCUUAUUGUUAUCAUUUUAAGAUAAUUCCAACAAUCAACAGUUUUCCUUGCAAUUACGGAUAACCUUUUGUUAAUCGUGUUGAAAAAAAAUUAAAUUAUCGCAAUAGAAAAAAUUUCAAGUCAACUAAUCAUUGGAAAAAUAUUAAUUCGCAAAUUGUUAAGUGUUAAUCAACAGUUUGAAAGUCAACAAUUAGUUACCAAAAUAGAUUUUCUCUCACUCUUUCUGUCUCCCUCUCUUCCAUUCGCCAUGGAUCCUGAGUAACUUUUGUUACCAUUUCAACUAAACUAGUGAAUUGGAGAUGAGCCAGAAUUUUUUCAUCUUCCAUGGAGGAAAAAAGGAACAGUCAAAAGAAGAGAGAUUUACCUGAUGAUGAAGAGAAGAAAAAAUGAAAAUUAAAAGAGAAGAAAGAGAAAAAAGUAAGAAUAAAAUUCUUUCCAUUGGUGUUUUUUUGGAAUAUCGAGAAGAAAAAGUUUCUCUCUUAUUCUCGGAUCAUUUCACAUUCUAAACUUAACUCUCUCAUCUUCCAUCAAUUACUUGCUCUCUCUCUCUCUCUCUCUCUCUCUGAAUUUUCAUUCAUAUGUGUUUACAUCAUUAUUUUACAAUUAAACAAGAAUUUACUGUUACAAUUGUUACACAUAAUCCAUAGAGUUUACUGUUGCCAUUAGAAUCUAUUUUAAUCUCACUCUUUUAUCGUCAUCACCAUAUCAUCAUCAUCAUCAUCAUUAGUAUUACGUUUUGUUUGUUUGUCUUCAACUCUGUUUAAAAUGAUAUUUCAAUUUGAAUGAAUUAAGUGUAUCAACUAAUUAUCAGAAUGUGACACAAUCAAGUUAACAAAUUUAAAAGGACUAAGCUAAUGGCUACUCUUUUGAGCUUAAAAUGUCAUCUAAAAGUUAUGGAUGUAUUUUACCAAAGUUUCAUUCAUCUUCCAAGGUAUCACCAAAUGUUGUUUCUCCAGCAUUAGAUCAACAACAAUCAACUGACAAUCCAACUCAUUCAAAUCAUCAUUCUCAUCCUCAUCCUCAUCCUCACACUCAUCACCAUCACCACCAUCAUAAUCAACCAACACAACCAACACAAUCAUCAUCAUCAUCUCAAUCACAACCACCACCAAUACAACAACAACAACAAAAUAUUCACCAUCAUCGUCAUCCAAGUCAUAGACGUAAAUCAACAAAAGUUAAUUCACUUCGAUUGAACAUGAUUAACAUCGGAUUAAUGCCGAUCGAUGUGGAAACAGUAAAAAAAGUUUUACCCAAAGGACCAAUGGACUUUUCGUCUUUUCAAAAACAUCGUCGAAUGUUUGAAAAAUAUCGAGCUUUAUUAUCCUAUGAAUUUGGGGUUGCCACCAAAGGCGAAUCCCAUAGCAUGAGACAUGGACAGAAACCAGAAAAUGGAAUCAAAAAUUGUAAUAAGAAACUUUUACCAUAUGAUUAUAAUCGAGUUGUUCUAGAAUUAUUACCCGAUGUGCCUCAUUCUGAUUAUAUUAAUGCUUCUUACAUGGAUAGUAUAAUCAAACCAAAUGCUUAUAUCGCUACACAAGGUCCAAAAGAGGAAACAAUCGGUGAUUUCUGGCGAAUGGUUUGGGAGCAAAAUUCAUAUAUAAUUGUGAUGUUAACCAAAGUAUUUGAUUUUAUACGAGUAAUGUGCUGUCAAUAUUGGCCCAUUGAGACGAACAAGCCGGAAAUGUAUGGCCCCAUGGAGGUCACUCUUCUGACGGAAGAACCUCUAGCCGAUUUUACCAUAAGAACUUUAAGAAUCCGUCGACCUGCUACUGACCAUUAUCUGUCCAGUAAACGUGUAACACCAGCAACAUCAUCGGCUAAUUUGGUUCACAAUUUAUCCAAUAUUAAUAUUAGUUUAAAAAGUGAAACAAAUAAAAAGAUGAAAAAAUUAUCGGGAAUAGAUGAAGAGGAAGAUGAUAUCGAAGAGAUUCUUGACCCUGAGGGUAAAGGUACAAAUGAUUAUCUGGACAAUGAAUUAGAGGAGAGAGUAGUCUAUCAAUUUCAUUACUAUAAUUGGCCCACUCACAGUUGCCCUUUUACCAAUUCACUUCUUCAAUAUCGUCGACGAAUACGAAUCUACAUGAAUGAAGUUUCCAAAGAAAAUACUGUCGGUCCAACGAUAGUUCAUUGCAGUGAUGGCUGCGGUCGAACUGGAGCUUACCUUUGUAUCGACUCGAAUCUCGAAUUUUGUGAUGAAGAUAAUACAUUUGAUGUGUUCGGUUACACAAAGAAAAUGAGACAAUCACGAAAGGGAAUGGUCGAGGCAAUGGAUCAAUAUAAAUUCAUCUACAGUUUCUUGGAAGAGGCUUAUCUAAGUGGUAAAACUUGGUUUCCUGUUUCCGAAUUGGCUCAACAAAUGAAAUAUAAAUCAAUUAAAGAUACAAUAACUAAUUUUAAUGAAUACCAACGAGAAUACCAGAAAAUCGUCAAAAUGUCACCAGAAUUUACAAUAGGAGAUUGUGCUGGAGGCUAUCGAAUUGAGAAUCGAGCUAAGAAUCGAGAUGUUGCCAUAAUCCCUCCGGACAAUCAUCGGCCUUAUCUGACAACAUUCCAAAGCAAUGACAGCACCGAUUAUUUAAAUGCAGUAUUUGUCGAUGGAUAUACUCGAUCACGAGAGUAUAUUGUUACAGAGUGGCCCUUGUCUCAUACGAUACCUGAUUGUUGGUCUCUAAUUUAUGAUCAUGACUGUAAUUCAGUGAUAGUUUUAUCACAUCCUGAUGAUACUCAUACAUAUCCAACUUUCUGGCCUAAUGAGAAGGAGAAAAGACGGAAAUUUGGUCCAGUUUUUACUGUUGAUUUAGUUUCUUUUAAUCAUUAUCCUAACAUUAAAUCGUGGAUCUUCAGGAUUAACAAGAAAGUUGUUUCUUUAACUGAAUUAAUGUCCGGUGUUAAAGGAAUACCGAAAACAACUCAAUUCUUUCAGAUAACUUGUUGGCCUCAAGGUCACAAAGUUCCGUCCUCAACCAAUGCCUUAGUCGAAAUGAUGAAUAUGGUUGAAAGAUGGAGACAAAGGACAACCUAUGGACCCGUUUGCGUUAUUUCAACAAAUGGACGAAGUCGUGUUGGUGUUUAUUGCGCUGCAAAUGUCGCUAUCGAACAGGUUGUUCAACAUGGUGAAGUCGAUGUCUUCCAGGCCGUGAAAACGGUCCGUCGUAAUCGUCCAAAGUUGGUUGAGAACGAGACGGAAUACAAAUAUUGCUACGAUCUGAUUCUUCAUUAUGUUUUAAAUUAUCUCAAUCAAAGUGAAUAACAAUCGAGGAGAAGAAAAUUUGUUAAUGAAAAAAGUUUAAAACGAAAUAAAAAAUUGAUAAUAUCAUCAAAAAUCUUCUACUCAUGUAUCAAUUUGAUCAUAAAUAAUAAACAUUAAUCGUUUUUCAUUCAA